GAACCUCGCAGGCUCAAGCGUCACCAGCUCCAAACCACGCACAGCUUCGCAUCGCAGGAACGGACCUGUCCAGACAGUCAACAUGGCAGCGCGGAAGCCGGUCUUCAACCAGCAGGUCCUCUACGACACCACCCCGCUACCAGACUCGAUCCCCAAAGUCAAGGAGAUUGGUGCCAGCUCUGCUCCUCUCCUGUCGGCCUCGUUCUUCAUUGGCGCGCGAUGCAAGGACUACAAUGACGACUUCAUGCAAUGCAAGACCGAGAAUCCGGGCAGGGGCGAGUUUGAGUGCUUGAAGGAGGGCCGCCGCGUUACCCGGUGCGCCCGCAGUGUGCUCGAAGACAUCAACAAAUCCUGCCUGGAGCAGUUCCGCGCGCACUGGCAAUGCCUCGAGAACAACAACCAGCAGCUGUGGCAAUGCCGUCCUGCCGAGUGGAAGCUGAACAAGUGUGUCUACGAUAAUCUGCACCUCGAAAAAGUCAUCCCCGAUCAACCCAAGAACUCAACUCCCGUGCACCUACGACAGAAGCAGAUCUUCGCCCACAAGUGGAUCCAGCGGUGGGAGAAGCCUUUCGUCCCGGGACAGUCCGAGGCAUCCGAGUCGUCCUGAGUGCAUCAGAAAGUGGGAUACCUCGUGGCAUAAUAAAGCUGUCUCUUUGGGCAACCCGAAUGACGUGGCGGGAGGCUGGUUCUGGGCUCAGCCCUGUACAUACAUACUAAGAGAGUUAGACAGGCUCUUCCGGCCCUGCCUGGGAAGUUUCCUUAUUUUUCAUGGAGGGACUAUGCCAUCCAAAUCUCGCUGUGCACCGCUCGUUGGUUUUUCCGAACCCUAUAAGACCAUCUUCAACCCUAGCCUUACCCUUUACCAUGAAAAAACGUAGAGA